CACCUUCAGACAGAUUUGUGGAUUACAUCCCAGAAAUCAGAAGUGGUACUUCGCACUGGACUGCAACGACUCACGACAGAACAUCAAACGGCUAUAGCCCUAGUAUUGGACGGCCAGUUGAAGAACGCUACUAAGAUAACGUCAUUAUUCGAAGCUGCCAGCGAAGACAGGGAAAAGCGUCUCGAUCUUGAGCGUGUCCAACGUGAUGAAAAUGUGAACAGGAUCAUGACUUCAGUGUCUGACUUACACACCGUAUGUCUGAGUCGAAUGGAUGAUAACGAGCAGCAUUCACUCAGGCGCCGCCUUUUGGAUGCUUUAGCAUUCCCUGAUAUGAAUGAUCGUCAGAAUCAGAUCGAACGUCUCGUGGGUGAUUUCGGCGACACAUUCCAAUGGAUCUUCGACGACUUUGACCAGAAUAGAUUUCCGGCUUGGCUCCAAGAAGGGAGCGGCGUUUUUUGGAUAUGUGGAAAAGCAGGCUCUGGAAAAUCAAGCCUCAUGGAUCUGAUUGCCAGAAACAUUGAAGAUGGUGGACUAUUCUUCGAUUUAUUGAAACAAUGGGCUGGCACAGAAACUCCUUGUUUACUCACCUUCUGGUUCUAUCGCCCAUCCCCAAAUGAAUUGAUCAAGUCAACCUCAGGACUCUGGCGGUCACUGUGUUUCCAGAUCCUGAAUCAAGAACCAAAUCUAUCGAAGAAGAUUCGAGAGAACAGCGAUGGUAAAGUACCGGAGAAGUUGAAGACCUCCCUCAUAGCUUCAGGGUCUUGCGUACAGUCAUGGUCGGACAGUCAACUAAAAUCGUGGCUCGAAUACUUGCUCACCCAUUGCGAUUCCAAGUAUUGCCUCCUCAUCGACGGCCUUGACGAAGUCGGGGAGUCUGCGCUCGAAGCUGUUAAAGAGGUGUCCCGCAUGUCUAGCCACGUAAAGAUUUGCUGUUCUAGUCGGCCAGAGAGUUCUUUUCACGACGCUCUUCAGGAAUCUCCAUCCUUGCUUUUGGAGGAACGCAACGCCACCGAUAUCGCGAGCUAUUGUAAUAGGAGACUUGAGGGCACUCGGGCUGCUGAUCACUGCGACUCAAUUGCCUCGCGUGCACAAGGCGUGUUUCUCUGGGCCCAUCUGGUGACAGAAGUUCUGAGAGAAGCGGCCAAGCGUGGCGAUGACGAAAAUGAGCUUGAGGAGCGGCUAAAAAUAUGUCCCGAUGGUAUGACUGAGCUAUUUACUCACCUUCUUGAACGCCAGGACAAGUUCUACCUGAAGUACCCCAAACCAUACUUGAAACUGAUCGAUGUCGCCGUUCGAAGGAAGAGUUGCUGGGCCAUACCCGACCUUCCAGUGCUUGUUCUACAUUUGGCCUCACAAAAUCAACACGAACUGCUGGAAGCGAUUUCCGACGGCUCUGGCAGUGACUUUUUUACGAAACUAGACCAGAACACAAGAUUUCCGGAGCUGAAGACCAUUGUAGUCACGCGUUGCGCUGGACUUAUCGAGAUGACACCUGACGAAUUCGUCCGGGAUCCCCAUCGGCAUGAUCACAAUGCUUCAAGAAAUCGUCGCUAUCGACAACUAGAGGUCACCCAUAACUUCAAAGUGAGGUUCACCCAUCGGAGUGCACUAAGUUUCCUCCAGGAGGAUCCACAAGCAGCGUCUUUCCUAGCGUCCAGUGGAGUGUCGGAGGAUGAAGCUACCACUCGGUUGCUGAAUGCUUCGGUCGCAAAAGCCAUUCUAGGUGAGGACCUGGGUGAUAGGAUCGUCCUUCCUGAGGAGCCAUUCCAAUUCGCAAGCGCUAUAUCAGGAGAAGCAUGGUCGGAACAGGUCACUUCUGUUAUGGACAGAUUAUUUGCCAAUGCGGAGACUCGAACGGAGUGGAGUAUUUCUGAACGUCCAAUCGAUGUCUUGUACACUCGAUGUUGGAAGCGGGAAUUUAUAUGGUUUAGAGAUCCCCUGGUGCCUUCCGAAAUCUUCAUGUCGUCGCCAAAACUCUCCAACUUUGAGAACAUGGCUUUUUGUUUUGGCAGCAUAUACGCUCUCCAGCCCUACAUUCGGGAGAAACUGUUGAAGGUUGAUUCAGACCUGAAAGCUCUUGCUGCGGCACUUUCAUAUUGCCAACACUUACGAAGUGCUUGGUACAGUAAGGAUUUCUUGACCGUCCUUGAGCCGUGCCUGGAGGUGGAGCGGAUGAUUUACUUUGAAUAUCAUUGGUCUACUUCAUCAGCAGCAAAGGUCAUCUGUGCUACGAGACCCCUUUGGGAGCACAUUUUUUGCGCCAGCAUAUCAUGGUUCCACAUUUCAUGGUUCCAAGCUGAGGGAUGGAAUAAAAUCAAAAAAGACGUGCAGAGCAGAGUCCCGGCGCUUUGUCCGCCUCUGCAGCCAAAUGGGCCUAGUGUGGAGCUAUGGAUGAUUGGUGGCCGCGAAAGCAGCAAGAGGUUCAUUCUACCGCCAGAUAGCGGUGUUCUGGAUUCCGAGAUGCUUGAAGAGAGAGUGUUCAAAGUCCAAAUGUGUGUCGGCUGCGUAGAAUCGCAGGGCCAUUCCGCUUUGAAGUUCCUUGAGUGGUCACCUUCUGGGAUCGGUAGGUUCCUUCUCCUUACGGACGGUCAAAACGAAAGCCUUCGGCAAGGUUUUGACAGAGGUUUACAUGAAGAUUAUGAGCAUACCCUCCUCGCGAUCCUUAAGAACAAUUGGAGCAGUUUAUCUCUGCAAGAAAAGGCGAAAGCUAUAUGGUAUGGAGAAAGCCUAGGAAGGCGGUAUAUUUUCGUUGCUGGUGAAGUUCUCAGUGUCGACGCAGAUGAGCGAAAUACAUGGGAAGAUUCCCUCUUUGAGCUUGGAGUGAUACGUGGUAUACCUGCAGAAGAUUCGGUCACCGAAGAGCUCAUCGAGAUUAUAGUCAAUGAUGGUGGUGCGUUUGAACGGCUUUAUGGGCAAUCGGAAACGAAUUGGUACGGUCUUGAGAGGUAAUGCAAAACUAUAUGUCAGACGUGUGCUUGACUCAGAGUCUGAUGACGAGACGGAUGAUCAGUGAUUCUGCGGCCGCGGGGAUCGCAGUCAGACAGUUAUAUCAGAGAAGACUUGGCUGAAAGUACGCUGAGGAAAUCGCUCAUUGUACCAGAAAGCGAAGAUACGACCUGGGAUACGCAGGGGUUGGCUAAUGAGAUGAGGGAAUAUCACGGACUCUGCAAGAGAAAUUCAUGUGUGAUGGGUUGGGCAUAACGGAGAGAAGGAUUUCAGCGCAUUUGAAGCUCGUUAGAGCCGGGUGGGAUACAUAGUCGCAGAUGACACAUACGGUAUUGAUCACUAGCAAGUACAGAUCGCGGAUAACCGAGAGGGG